AUGGCCCAAUCCGAAGGAGUAGGGUCCGAGGGCACAUGCUCCAGACGUUGCCGCAGCGUUGCGCGAUUCGUACCUUAUGAUAGGCAGCCAACUUCCUUGGAUGUUCCCGAGGCAUACAGUGUACCGAAGCGGGAAUUUCUGAACCAAUUCAAGGAGUCGCUGGCUAGAAGUGAGGAUGCGCGCGACUGCGAGACGCUGCUGACUGAGUCGAGUUGGCAGUCAUGGCGUGAGGGCCAUCAAGAAAUGGUAACCCCGCAUGGCUCAUUUUUAUCUCCUACCUGGCCAAUGUCCAUUGUGGUGGAUGCUCCCGACUGUGACUUGGACUUUUCGAACCACAUGCCGCGAUGGCGACCGGUCUUCUCUGCCAUCUUUCGCUUGCACCUAUACAUCCCUAGUUUCCAGCUGAAUGAGAAUUUCAGCAAGGACGCGCUCCUGCCACCAUAUUUGGACUUUGCUCUGGCAUGCUUGGCCAGCGCAGCGUCGUCCAAAACGCCUCACGAAUCCGACGGCAUUCCGAUACUUAGCACGACAUACUUUGACAUAGGAAUCAGACUAUAUAUCUUGACACUCGAAGCCGACAACCGUGAGGCCCGUACUAUGGAGUCGGUAAUUGCGGUAUGCUAUCUCUGA